CAUUGCGCGGUCCGCCGACGGCUGAGGGGGCGGUUGGGGAGACCGUGGGGAGGAGGCGGCAGCGAGCGCCCCCGCAGCGGCUGGGAGAGUUGAACACCUCUGGUAGAAGAAUGUAUUUGUUGAGAUCCUCUCAAUUUGCAGUGCUUCUUUGGAAAAAUUUUACCUUAAAAAGAAGGCAUUUAAGUUCUUUAAUUUUGGAAGUGUCCGCAGCAUUAGUGUUUCCAGUGAUGCUUUUGGUGGUCCAUGCCUUUGAUAAAGUAGAAACUCUGGGACCUUACAAAUUUACUCCUCAACCUACCAGCACUUGGCUUUCUUUCCUCAACAAUGCUGAAGAGUGGAAAUUGAUUUAUGUGCCUUCUAAUAUCAAUGUGUUAAAAGAUAUCAUCGAGGAUGUGAAGAGGAGUGUAAACAUCAGUGUAAAAGUUCAGGGCCUUUCUUCAGAAGCUGAACUUGAAAAUUACAUUAAAUAUAACUAUGGAUCACAAAAUGUGUUGGCUGUCGUCGUUUUUGAUUGUGACUUCAAAAACCACAAUGACCCUCUGCCACUUCAGGUAAAAUAUUAUCUGCGUUUUGCUAGGAUGCAGAGGACUAUCGAUUGGCCAGACAAGGAUGGCUGGAAAACAUCCUUACUCUUUCCUGUCCGGCCCUCUGCAGGACCCAGGAACCCUUUUCUUCAUGAUGGAGGUAGUCCAGGGUACCUCAGAGAAGGGUUCCUGGCUAUACAGCAUGCCUUAGAUAAGGCCAUCAUGCUGUAUCAUAAGAAAAAUGCUUACCAGAAGUUUGCUGAUAUGAAUAUCUUCAUACAGAGAUUUCCACAUCCAGUUCAUACCACUAAUUCAAUUACAAGGAUCGUUACCACUUUCUUACCUUUCCUUUUCAUAAUCAUGUUCUCUCCAACUUUACUUUCCAUCAUACGGUCCAUUGUUCGAGAAAGGGAAAAAAGGCAGAAGGAGUACCAGCUCAUAGUCGGACUUAAAAACUGGAUGAUCUGGACUGCCCAUUUCUUCACAUUCUUCUUUUUUUAUAUCAUUAUUAUCAGUCUGAUAUGUAUAAUAUUUUUUGUCAAGAUUGUCGAUAAACCAAUCUUCUUCUAUAGUGACUACAGUUUAGUCUUUGUCUUUCUUACGUGCUAUGCUGUUUCUUCAAUAUUCUUUGGCUUUAUGGUUAGCACGUUCUUCAAUAAAGUCCAUAUGGCUGCUUCUGUUGGAAGCGUCCUGUAUUUUGUCAGUUUCUUUCCAUUCACCUCCAUUUCUCGCAACUAUGGAAAGAUAAGCUACACCAAGAAGAUGGCUGUUUGUCUCAACUCAAAUGUCGCACUGGCACUGGGGAUCAAUCUUCUGAUCAAGUUAGAAACUAAAGAAAUUGGUGUUAAAUGGACUAAUUUUUGGACACAAGCCAGCCUUGAUGAUGACCUUACCUUUGGCAGUUUGACGGAAAUGCUUUUAAUGGAUGCUUUAAUAUAUGGCCUUGUGACCUGGUAUAUAGAUGCUGUCUUUCCAGGAAAGUAUGGCAUACCCCAACCAUGGUACUUUUUCCUUCUGCGUUCAUAUUGGUUUACAGAAAUAGAAGUUAAAGGGCGUCAAAGGAAAAGAUUCCGCUUGAGACCCCGGGGCACCCAUUUUGAGUCUGAACCUACUAAUUUGGUGGCAGGUAUUGAGAUGGAUCAUUUGCACAAGGAAUUUGGUGACAGCGUGGCACUAAACAACCUGACUUUGAACUUAUAUAAGGGGCAGAUCACUAUUCUAUUAGGACAAAAUGGAGCUGGAAAAACCACAACUAUGUCUAUUCUUACAGGCACUUACCUUCCUACAAAAGGAAUGGCCUUUGUUAAUGGAUAUGACAUCUCAAAGAACAUAAAUGAAAUUCGAAAAAACUUGGGCUUCUGUCCACAACAUGACUUCUUGUUUAAUGAGCUGACACUAUCAGAACACAUUUUUUUCUACACUGUGAUAAAAGGUCUACAUCACAAGUUGCAUAUGCUGAAAACUCGCCAGGUGCAGUCUGCUGAUAUUGACCACAUGUUGUCUGCUUUUAACCUGCUAGAAAAGCGUAAUGCAUUUUCAAAGUCACUGAGUGCUGGAACAAAGCGCAAACUCUCCAUCAUCAUAGCACUUAUAGGAACUUCCAAGGUACUAUUACUAGAUGAACCAUCAUCUCGCAUGGACCCAGUCUCUAGGAGGAUCACCUGGGAUCUCCUUCAGCAUUAUAAAACCAAUCGCACCAUCUUGUUGUCCACCCACUACAUGGAUGAAGCUGACAUUCUGGGUGAUCGCAUUGCCAUCAUGGUCAAGGGGACUUUGCAGUGCUGUGGAUCAUCAGUCUUCCUGAAAAAAUUAUAUGGUGUUGGGUAUCACAUAAUCAUGGAGAAGAAAGUAUACUGUGAUGUUGGGAAGAUCUCUGCAUUGAUUCAGUUUCAUAUUCCAGAUGCCACUUUGGAGAAUAAUAUUGGAGCUGAAUUAUCUUUUAUCUUACCCAAAGAGUAUUCACACAGGUUUGAAGCUCUGUUUGAAGAUCUGGAAAACAAACAGAAAGCUCUGGGCAUAAUCAGUUAUGGUAUUUCAAUCACUACCAUGGAAGAAGUCUUCUUUAAGGUCAUCAUGCUGGCAGAUUCCCAAGUGGAUUUUCAAACUGUGCAGUACACUCCCUUGAAGGACCAAAAAGGAAAUAAAGACAUGAAUAAGAAUUUGUACACUUCCUUGAAUCAAAAAACAACUAAAGACAUAGAUAUGACUAUGAAUAUGAAUUAUGAGAUAAAAAAGUUUUCCAAACUGAAUGAAAUUGCUACCAUUAAGUUUAAUACUGGGUUUCUUCUUUACCGCCAGCAAUUUUAUUCCAUGUUUAUAAAGAGAGCAUUAUUCAGUUGGCGUAACCGGAUGCUGAUGUUGCUACAGGUGUCAGUAAUUUUGGGUGUCACUACAUAUUCCUUAAUAAAUGUAAACUCUAACUAUGACCUGCCCAGCAGAGAAAUGGAUGUGAGCCAAUAUGGUCGAACAAUUGUACCUUACUCAAUUACGGGGCAUUCUAAGUGGACUCUGCAUCUCAUAAAGAAUCUUAAGACCUUCCUAAAGCGUAAGAACCAAGUUCUUCGGAAAGUGAAAGGUAGUAUAAUAAAUCACUUAUUGGAAACUAAAGACUAUCUUGCAUUCUCCAUUAUUGCGUUUUCCAUUGAGGUUAAUAAAAACAAAACAGUGAUUACUAUGUUCUUCAAUAAUGAGGCCUUUCAUUCAGCAGCAAUAUCCCUGGCAGUGUUAGACAACAUUCUCUUUAUGACACUUUCUGGCCCCAGUGCUUCCAUUCAAGUCUUCAACAAGCCUCAACCCCAACCCAUUUAUGAUACUAAACUAGCGUAUGCAAAUGGACUACAAGUAUCAUUAUGUUUGACUUUCGGCAUGGCUAUUCUGGUCAGUAGCUUUUGCCUUCAGACAGUGAGUGAAAAAACCAAUAAGGCAAAGCAUAUCCAGUUUGUGAGUGGGGUCUAUAUAUGGAUUUACUGGCUUUCAGCUUUGCUGUGGGAUCUCAUCUACUUCUCCAUUCCCUGCUGCUUACUGCUGGUAGUGUUCGGAUUCUGCAGAAUGGAUGCCUUUAUUGCAGAUUACCGCUUUGUGGAUACAAUGAUCAUCUUUAUACUGUAUGGCUGGUGUGUUGUUCCUUUCAUGUAUCUUGCAAGUUUGCUGUUUUCUAGCACUACUGCUGCCUACAUCAAGCUCGUCUCCUUUAAUUCCUUUACGACUGUUUUCAGCGUCUUCUUUCACUCUACAUUACACCAGUAUGCUUUUUUGUUCUAUGAAAAAGAAUUAUCCAUAUCUCAUCUAUUAAUGAUGCUUCCUAAUUACAACUUUGCAAUGAGUAUCGGCAAAUUAUUUAAUGACUAUGAGUUAAAGACACACUGUGCCAAGAAAAUACUAAACUGCAGUAAAUCAUUUGUUGAGGGAAGUGUCUAUACUUUUGAGGAACAUGGAAUCGCAAAGUUCUUAAUUGCAUUGUUCACCACUGGUUUAUUCUAUCUCCUUUUGCUUAUGUGUUUGGAGAGUACACUCUGGAACCUGAAAAAUUUUGUCUUUCAUAAAAUUAUAUCUAAAGUCUACAGCAUGCUCAAGAAAAGCAAGAAGACUAUCUGGCCAAGGAAUAGAGUGUCCAGAAAUGUACCCAAGGGAAAUUUUGAUGAAGAUGUGGAAAAUGAGAGGAGGAGAGUCCUGGCACUACUUUCUAAACUGAAGAAGCCCCCUCUGCUUGUUAAAGAACUUAAAAAGGUUUAUUUUAAGUGUCCAAUUGUCAUGGCUGUAAGAGAUAUCUCCCUCGUAGUCAAAAAGUCUGAGUGCUUUGGAUUACUUGGAUUUAAUGGAGCUGGAAAAACUACAAUAUUCAAAAUGUUGACUGGAGAUUAUCCCACAACCUCUGGAGUUGUGUUAAUUGAUGGCAUCAACAUCACUAAAAAUUUUGCCAAGGUUAGGUCAAGAAUUGGCUACUGUCCUGAAAUUGACCAUAUCCUGAUGAACCACAUGACAGGUCAAGAAUCACUGAUGAUGUAUGCCAGGUUGCGUGGGGUCCCUGAGCCCCACCUUUACAAGUAUGUGAACACCUUUCUCUAUAUGUUGCAUCUGGAAUCCCAUGCUAACAAGUUUGUCUCCAGAUAUAGUGCUGGAUUUAAGCGUAGGUUGACGGCUGCUAUUGCUUUAAUGGGAAACUCCUCAGUUAUCUUCCUGGAUGAACCAUCAGCUGGCCUGGACCCAGUAGCCAGGCGCUGGCUCUGGAACUUAAUUACAUGGAUGUGUCAAAAUGGCAAAGCCAUCGUCAUAACUUCCCACAGCAUGGAAGACUGUGAGGCCCUCUGUACCAGGCUGGCCAUCAUGGUGCAGGGGAAGUUCAAGUGUUUAGGCAGUCCUCAGCAACUCAAGAACAAGUUUGGCAAUAUUUAUAACCUGAUAGUAAAGAUUAAGUAUGGUGAUGAUGACAAUAUGCUAACAGAGCUAAAAAAGUUCAUUGCAACAGCUUUCCCAGGUAGCGUCUUAAAGCAGGAGCAUCAAGGAAUUUUUCACUAUUACAUUCCCAGAAAGGAAGUUCACUUGGGAAAGGUAUUUAAUAUUUUGGAGGAAGCUAAAGUUCAAUUCAACCUAGAAGACUAUUCUAUCAGUCAGGUAACAUUGGAACAAAUCUACCUGACUUUUGCGAAUAUCGAGACAAAGAAAUAUCAUCAAGAAAUAAAGGGUCUGUGAGAUUCA